ACUAAAGAGACACUGACAUUUUGGCAACUCCACAAAAUUAUGAAAAAAUAAAUUUUAGAUCCAAUAGCCCGAAAUAAGCUGGAAUAAUGAGCAAAUGGUGUGCCCUGAGCUCUGUGCGGACCGUACUCUGUGUGGGCUGCACGGAAGUGGACUAUGUGGCUACCUUGGACAAGUGGGACACUGACACGGAAGCGUUUCGCCUCCGAGCUGGAUCCUUCCAUCGAAGCGGACGCUCUAGCAAUGUCGCCACUGUGCUUAGGUUAAUGGGCGCCAAUGUGGACUUCUUUGGGGUCCUGUCCCGCCUGCCCACCUACCGCAUGGUCCUCGAUGAUCUGGAGAAGGCGGGCAUAGGCAUAGAUAACUGUCACUUCACCGACGAACCUCCGCCAUUCUCAAUUAUUAUACAGGAAAGUAUCAGUAAACGCGUCACCAUUUCCUACUGCGAUAAGCCCUUCUCCUAUGUGAAUGCAAAGGAUUUCGAAAAGGUGGAUCUCGAUCAGUACGGCUGGGUGAACUUUGAAGGCCGCCAUCCACAGGACACUUGCGACAUGAUCAACCUAGUCCGGCGAUACAACAAUGGACGCGACAAACGAAACCGCAUCAAAAUCUCCCUGCAGAUCUACAAGGACUUCAAGGACAUGGCCGAUUUAAUGCUCAUGUGCGACUAUGUCCUGGUCACCAAGUAUGUGUGUGAGCAGGAGGGCUGGACCUCGCCCCGUGAGUCGUGCGAGCGCCUAAACGAACGGCUUCGAAUACCGCGAAGCAUCGACGUGCGCCGUCCUAAUUUCGUACUGCCUUGGAGCAGUUUGGGCGCAGGAUGCAUGAACACCGAUGGCGAAUACUUUGAGCUACCCGCCAUCAAGCCGAAGAGGAUUCUGGACCGGGUGGGCGACAGUGACUGCUUCACAGCCGCCUUCAUCUAUGCCACCUUCAUCCGGCAGAGGCAUCUCGCGGCUGCCGUUGAAUUCGCUAACGGGGUGGCCAGCUUUAAGUUGGCCCACAGUGGCUUUCGUUGUAUUAGCCAAUUGGAUCCCGAUUCCCUCCGGCGGCCCGUGGUCAUGCAGGGCGUGGAUGCGUCCAGCGAGGAGGAGGAUAACACUGGAGGGGAACAGCAACGGAUGUGCAGGAAGUAUCUUUUCCGACCCUCGGUGUUUGUAGGCCGCGCAGAUGCCUCCAGUUCGACCUCAGUAUUUGAGAAAAACCAAUUUAUAUAGGCCAGGCUAACAAGUCCCUUGAAAGUUCUACAUGUUCUGAAUCAAAAUUUAUAUUAAAAUAAAAUCAUGUAUUUUUUUUUAAA